UCUCUCUUUAUCUCUCUAUCUCUAUCCCUAUCUCUCUCUCUCUCUAGAUGUAUAAUUUGCAUUUCAUUUAAUGUAGAGAAGGAUUGAGAAAAUUCAGAAAAGAAAAAAAAAAAAAAAGAAAGAAAAGAAAAGAAAAGAAAAAAAAUAAGAGAGAGAGAGAGAGAAAUGAUGUGUGUAUGUGUAUGUGUAUAUGCAUGACACCGAAUCAUGGAAGAACCACAGCAGCAUCACCACUUUUUCAAUAACUAAUUCAUUUAAAACAAGGGGAUGCAGUAGAGAGGAAAAGCAUCAAGUGUUCAUGGAUAUAUAUUUCAACAACUUUUCUUCAGAUUUCUCCAGUUAUAAAUACCCAGUAGCUCGCUCAAAUCGCCCAUUUUUCAGGUUUUGAGUUUCAGAUAAAGAUUUGUGAGGAGACGAGAGCUUGAAUUGCUUGUGGCCUUGGUGGAUUACAUAGAUUUUAGAUUGGUUUGUGUGAAGAAACAAGUGAAAUCUUAUCAACAUCACAGACAUCAUCACCACAAAAGAAGACAGGGUUUCCUUGUGAAGAUGGCGGCGUCUUCAUCGUCAGCAGCGUUCUUUGGAAUGCGAGAAGAAGAUCAGAAUCCGAUGAAACAACAGCAUUCCGCAGCUCCAACUUCAUCAGCCGGAGCCACCACUGUACCUCCCCAGAAGAAGAGAAGAAAUCAGCCCGGAACACCAUAUCCAGAUGCAGAGGUCAUAGCACUAUCUCCCAAGACCCUAAUGGCUACAAACAGGUUUGUGUGUGAGGUAUGCAACAAAGGGUUCCAAAGGGAGCAAAACCUACAGCUCCACAGAAGAGGACACAACCUGCCUUGGAAGCUAAAGCAGAAGACAACAAAAGAGGUGAAGAGGAAGGUAUAUCUAUGUCCUGAACCCACUUGUGUCCACCAUGACCCUUCGAGAGCUCUUGGCGACCUCACCGGCAUUAAAAAGCACUACUCUAGAAAACAUGGUGAGAAGAAAUACAAGUGUGAGAAGUGCUCUAAGAAAUAUGCUGUGCAAUCUGACUGGAAAGCUCACACUAAGACUUGUGGUACUAGGGAGUACAGAUGUGACUGUGGAACUCUUUUCUCAAGGCGCGACAGUUUUAUCACUCACCGGGCCUUCUGCGAUGCACUUGCCCAAGAGAGUGCGAGGCAUCCACCCUCCUUGAGCACCAUCGGAAGCCAUUUAUAUGGGACUAGCAACAUGAGCUUAGGCUUAUCAUCUCCAAUGGGUCAUCAAAUUUCCCCAUUACAAGAUCAAAACCAACCACCUACCGAUAUUCUACGUCUUGGUGGUGUUAGGGGUGGACAAUUCGACAAUCUCAGGAUUUCACUCUCAUAUGAUUUGCAACCAUCGAUGUCUUCGCCUUUCUUCAUGACCGAGCCAAAUCAAGAUUAUCAAGAAGACACUCAGUCUCAACACGGGUUGUUAUCGAACAAGCCGUUCCACCAGGGACUACUGCAACUUCCUGAUCUUCAAAACAACACAAAUGCCGGUGUCAUCAACCUCGGAUUCUUCUCCAAUAGCAGCAACAACAACACCACCAGCAUCGAAAACAACAACAACAACACCAAUUCGAGCUUUCUUGUUCCGAAUCAAUUCAACAAUGGACAUUCUAGCUCUAGCAUAAUGGGAAACCAGAUCAGUUCCGGUAUCAACUCUCUCUACAGCUCAUCACUCCAAAACAACAAUGUCGCUUCGCAUAUGUCUGCGACAGCGCUUCUUCAAAAAGCUGCUCAAAUGGGUUCAACCACAAGCAAUAGCAGUGCUUCCCUACUCAGAGGCUUCGGAAGCUCCUCCUCCAGUGGCAACAGACCCGAUCGAUCGCCCAUCGCCGCCAACUUUGGCGGCGUUUUCGGGGACAACAGCAACGAAACUCACCUCCAAGAUUUGAUGAAUUCUCUUGCUGGUGCCAAUUCCAACAUUUUUGGAAGUGGGAAUGCAUUUGUGGGUGCACAUGAACAAGAUCAAAACAGUUUUGGGGGAUACAACAAUGCAAAUAAACCCAGUUUAGAACAAACCCAAACACACCAUAAUAGCUCAAGUUUUGGCAAUAUGGAUCAGAGUAAAUUACAGAAUAACAACAACCUUUCCGUGAGUGUUGGAGGGUCUGAUAGACUGACGAGAGAUUUUCUAGGGGUUGGAGAGAUAGUGAGAAGCAUGAGUGGAGGGUUUUCACAGAGAGAGCAGAUUGAAAUGAGCUCAUUGGAAUCAGAAAGAAAGGCUGCGCCGAAAAGCCAGCAAGCUUUUGGAGAUGGGAAUUUUCAUCAGUGAAGCAAAAAAGAUGGAGAGAUAGUGAUGAGGAAAGAAAAAGGUCGCAAGAAAGUACAGGAAGUCCAAUGUGCAUUAGAAGAAGCUUUGUUUGUUUGCUUAUGGAGCCAAAACUUGCUAUACAAAUCAAGUUGGUGUUUUGACUUGUAGAUCUCCAAGAUCGUAAGACAAGCAAUUGGAUCGGCUUUUGCAUAAUGAACUGAUAACUUUAGUAGACAAUUUGUUUAUGUUUGAUUUAGAGAGGUAGUGUUAAAGUUUCUGAAUUAUCGGAAAAAUAGCAUAAGACAGGAAUUUUGAAAGUUGAAAGUUGUUUGUGGCUUAGUUCUCAUGGAGCUUUUAUCCAGGAAACAUUAUGACAAGGACACCCUUGGCAAUGCAAUCACUUCAUUACGUUUCA